AUGUCCACUACAGACUCGCCAGCAUUGCCGUCUGGUUUUCCAGAUCAACUCCAUGGACCGGCCGUUUGGUCCGAGCACGUUGACGAGCAAGACUACGUCUGCCAGCUGACUCAGUCAGAUAUCAACUCAAUUGAAUCUGCUCUCCAACAUUUCCAAGGUCUGGGUAUCAGCCCUCAUAAGCUGGAUCAGCAAUACUUCCCCCUGCCCCCCAUAGUGUCUUCUAAGCUUCGGUACUUGAGCCACGAAGUCCACCGUGGACGGGGCUUUUCUGUUCUCAGAGGUUUGGACCCCAAAAAGUAUACUGAGGAAGAGAAUGUUAUCAUUUAUGGCGGAGUUUCCAGCUACGUGGGAAGAGAUCGAGCAGAUAUGAUAUGGUUAUUCGACCGCGCAGGUGGAAGUCUGACCGAGGAAAACCAGGCAAAAUUCCCACCCAAUGAGCUCACAAGUUCCAUGGACUUCCAUACCGAUGUCGAUGCAGGAGAUAUUCUCUCUCUCUUUACAAUGAGGCUUAGCAAGUCUGGUGGCCAGCAGUACCUGACUAGCUUUUGGUCAGUCUACAAUGACUUGGCGCAACACAAUCCAGAGGUCCUUCAAGUGCUGGCCAGCGAUUGGAGAUAUGAGAUGAAGAAGCAGGAAGGCGUGCAGGUGAUCAAUCGUCCUAUCAUUUACUGCGUCGACAACAAAGUUCAGAUUAACUUUGCUACCGCCUUUCUAAAAGGCUCGAGUUAUAUACCGCGCCAGGCUGACAGCCCUGACCUCACAGUGCAAGAAGAAGAAGCCAUCAAAAUACUUCUUCAGGUAUCUCGCAAGCACAGCAUGCGUUUAAGCCAGGCUCCCGGUGACAUGCUUUUCGUAAACAACCUCUGCAUCCUUCACGCACGGGACAGUUUCAUAAACGAUGGAGCAUCCGGAAAGACUCGUCGACUAAUGAGCCUCAUGCUUCGAGACCCCGAGCUAGCCUGGCGAAAGCCGACCGCCACAGCUAUUGAGAUGGGCAAGAAGUUUGCAAAACUAGACGUCCCACAGUUUAUGGGAACAGUGGAGCAUUAUGAGGACUUCCGCGAUACGUUUGCACUGCUUCGCCAUGAUUGA